GGCGGGGUGGGGGCGGCAGCGGCGGCGCGGGCUGCGGCUGCCUCCGGCUGCCUCCCGCCGCGGGGCGCGGAGCGGGGCGGCCGCGGGGAGCGCCCACCACCCCGCGGCGGCGCGGGAGCCCAGGACACGGACAGAGAUGUUGACAGCUUUGGAACAAUGCAGGACACGCUGAUUGCAUCCAUGCAGUGCCACUGGCUCGGAAGAAGGUUCACCAAAGCAGAUGAGUCCUGCCUCUCACCCUGCGGAUGAUAAAUGCCAGAGGAAAGUGUCUACAGAGGCUGGGGCAGGCUGUGUAACCACUCUGGAGCCUUGGGUUGUAUUUCAUCCCAUCAUGAAUGUUGUAGGGCCAGUUGGGCUGGUCCUCCCCUGAGUCAGUUGACUGCAGGUUUGCACUGUCUGCUUUCGAUCCAGAACUCUUCUGGGACCCUUCUGCAGAUUCCUGGAGCUGCUGUCUAAAUGGGUCCAGUCAUGCCUCCCAGUAAGAAGCCAGAGGGCUCAGGAAUUAGUGUUCCCAGUGGAUUGAGCCAGCGUUAUCAAGAUAGUGAUUUAUCAAAGGCACUUCAUGAUGAUGAGGACCUAGAUUUCUCUUUGCCUGCCAUCAGAUUAGAUAAAGGGGCCAUGGAAGAUGAAGAACUAACUAAUUUGAACUGGUUACAUGAGAGCAAGAACUUGCUGAAAAGCUUUGGGGACUCGGUGUUAAGGAGCGUUAGCCCUGUUCAGGACAUUGGUGAUGACACACCGCCGUCUCCUGCCCACUCUGACAUGCCCUACGAUGCCAAGCAGAACCCCAACUGCAAACCUCCUUAUUCCUUUAGCUGCCUCAUAUUUAUGGCCAUUGAGGAUUCACCAACCAAAAGACUGCCCGUAAAGGAUAUAUACAACUGGAUCUUGGAACACUUUCCAUAUUUUGCAAAUGCACCCACUGGAUGGAAAAAUUCUGUGAGACAUAAUCUGUCCUUGAAUAAGUGUUUUAAGAAAGUGGACAAAGACCGAAGUCAGAGUAUUGGAAAGGGGUCCUUGUGGUGUAUAGACCCAGAAUAUAGACAAAAUCUUAUUCAGGCUUUGAAAAAGACACCCUAUCACCCAUAUUCGCAUGUGUUCAAUACACCUCCCACAUCUCCUCAGGCAUAUCAAAGCACAUCAGGUCCACCCAUUUGGCCAGGAAGCACCUUUUUCAAGAGAAAUGGGGCCCUUCUACAAGAUCCUGACAUUGAUGCUGCCACUGCCAUGAUGCUUUUGAAUACUCCCUCUGAGAUACAAGCAGGUUUUCCUUCGGGAGUGAUACAAAAUGGAGCUCGAGUGCUGAGUAGAGGAAUAUUUCCUGGAGCCAGGCCAUUGCCAAUCAACCCUAUAGAGAGCAUGGCUGUAGCAGUAAGGAAUGGAAUAACAAACUGCCGGAUGAGGACGGAAAGCGAACAGUCCUGCGGCUCUCCAGUUGUUAGCGGUGACCCAAAGGAGGAUCACAACUACAGCAGUGCCAAAUCUUCCAACCACAGGAGCACAUCACCUGCCAGUGACUCUGUUUCCUCUUCCUCUGCUGACGACCAGUAUGAAUUUGCAACUAAAGGUAGCCAAGACAGCAGUGAAGGAAGUGAAGUUAGCUUCCAGAGCCACGAGAGCCAUAGUGAAACAGAAGAGGAGGACAAAAAGCAAAGUCGGAAGGAGACCAAGGAUUCUUUAGCUGACAGUGGAUAUGCAUCCCAGCACAAGAAAAGGCAACAUUUAAUGAAGGCGAAAAAAGUACCAAGUGACACACUGCCUCUUAAAAAGAGACGUACAGAAAAGCCCCCUGAGAGUGACGAUGAGGAGAUGAAAGAAGCAGCAGGAUCACUCCUGCAUUUAGCAGGAAUUCGAUCCUGUUUGAACAACAUCACCAAUCGGACGGCAAAGGGGCAGAAAGAGCAAAAGGAAACCACAAAAAAUUAGAACAAAUCAAUGAUUUGUUUGAACUUACAAAGUUUUGUUUCAGCACGUCAGGUGAAAUCUAAUGAUUUGUGGCAAUAUCAGCAAUUUUUUCCUUUUUUGUUUUUCUUCUAUUUCUGUUUUGUUUCUUUGGGUUUUUGUUUGGGUUUUUGGUUUUUUUUUUGACCCUUAAGAUUUUUAUUUUUAAAGGAGAUUGAAGCCAUAGAACUCAUACUGACACUCAGCUAAUUUACAAAAGCUUUUCAUUACCUGAAGACAAAAAGUUAACAAAAAAAGAAAGCCAAAAUCGCCAUUGCUUUCUCCAGCUUGUCAAAAAUGCAUGGUUGAAUACGCAGUGAUAUCAACUUUAAUGUGAUGGGAGUAAAAUUGGGCACUUGGAAAUCCCUCUUAUAGUAGAAGAGCUGUGCAUAAUUUAGUAUUCAUUCAGGCCUGGCCCUUAAGAAUUUUUUUAAUGGCCUUACAAUUGGGUUAGAAGUGAAUGUGAAUAAAGAGGUUUGUGAGAAAGAGGAGGCGUGUACUUCUCAACCAAGAGCUGUUUAGUGGCACUUGGAGAUGUUGUGCCAUACAAGUCUUCAGACAGUCACUAGUGGCAACUGUGGAAGCAGUAAUGCACUUCUAGUGUGUCACGUAUUCUAUGUGGCUCAUAAUAUGAAGACUGAUAACUCUAAGGAAAUUUAAACUAUGUAUGCAAUGGGUUUCAGUGAAAUAAUUAAAUGGGAGGGGGGGUGACUGUUAGUAGCAUCGUUAACCAUUGAAUUCUGUCUUCUGUAUUAAAUUGAAAGAAUAUUCAAAAAGCCAUAAGCCUGAAGAUUGGCACUGCGUGCAAAAAAUGAUAGUAAUAGGGAAAAACAAACUAUGUCUUCUAAACUGCCUGAGUGAAAAGUAAUCAAUUACAGUAGAUACAAUGUACAUCAAAAUCUUUUUCUGUGGAUUACAUCUUUGAUCUAACAGGGAAAACAAAGCUACAAAACCUGCCAUUAGUAGUAUUCUGUAUUUAAAAAUAGAAGGAAAGCAUAUUGGUGAACAGUAAAAUUCAGAAGUUCAACAAAAGAGCUCCUACACUGCCCUCAGAAAUGAGUGUGCAGUGACCAUCAGUCAGGAUUCAUCUGUGCAAAAAUGACAACAAAUUUCCAGAUUCAACCAGCAUAGCCAGCAGAAGAAAUUUGAUCCACAUUGCAUGGAUUCUUUAGGGAAGGGGGAAAACAAAAAGCAAACAAUUUUUUUUAUUCAAAGAUGACAAAGUUCUUGUAAGGUAAAUAAUGUAUUUAGCAUGAAGCAUGAAUUAUUUUCAUAUAAAUAUAGAAAAUAGAGAAAAAGGCUAUGCCUCUAAUUUUUAAGCCCUUAGGCUUAGAGUUUGUUUUUUGGGGGUUUUAUUUUUUGUUUGUUUUGUUUUUGUUUUGGUUCUUUUUUGUUGUUGUUGGGGUUUUUUUGAAGCAGGUGUUUAAGGUUUAACCUUCUUCAGGGACAAACACUGACUGUUGGGGAACUUACUCUGCAAUAUUAAAAAAUAAAAUCUUCAUGCUCUGGUAGGGCUUGGAUGGUUGAAUUAUACUGCCUUGUCUGCACAUUCAGCCCCCCUCUCCCUACUUCUGUUUAAAAAAAGAAAAAAAAAAAAAGAAAAAAGUAAAAGUGUGUCUUUUCUUCGUCUGUACAUGUGUAACAUGACGCAAUAA